AAAAUGUGUUUCUUUGGAUUAGUUCUGAGCUUUCUUUUGGUUAAAACUUCGGUUGGAUAUCCCGAUGGAGCUCCGGAGAGAGCGUGUUUUUUCAUGAUCCCCCGACAUACUCAUCCCCAGUCUAACAGGCCAAUAUUCAAACAAAUGGGAGGAUCACCUUAUAAUAUCACUGUUAGUGCAGUCACGUACACGCCUAACAAACCAUUAAGGGUUACAAUAAGUGGUGCCCCAUUCAAGGGAUUUUUUAUAGUCGCUGGUGAGGAGGGUUCUAAGGACUGGCCCACGGGGCAGUGGUACACGGAAAAUGACGCAGCUCGUCCUAUGUUCUGUUCGGGUAACAACGAUGCCAUAACGCAUUCCAACUCCAGAUGGAAGGACUCCAUAACAUUGCUAUGGUAUGGACCAACCCACUCGACCGCCGAUAUGAUUCAGUUCAUAGCCACGGUGGUGACAAACAGAACAACAUAUUGGACCGAAAUCAGAUCUCCUAGAAUCACCAUGGACAACGCGGCACAAGAGGCCCAGGCCGAGUUUAAUCCAUUCACUGCUGCCAUGUCCAGUUUUGGAUCUCCCGGACUGGACCCAUGGGGCUACCCGACAACGGACGCCUGGGGUUGGGGCGGGGGAUUUGGCGGAAUGAGCCGGGGAGGGAGACGGUCCAGCAGCUCUUCUGGGGGAGAGGGGGCGUCCGGUGGAGAAGCCGCGCCCGCGGGAGAAGGAGCCACGCAAUCUUCUUCAAGAAACCGCUGGGGAAGUUCUAGAAUGAAUUUCGGAAGGUCAAACUUUUUCAAUCCAUUUUCUCUCUUCUGGAGAAGGCGUAAAUAAGCAUUAAACGUAGACGUUUCGACAUCGAAACAUAAUCUGCUGAAAGGUUACUACAGUAAGUGAAAUACCUUGACGAGUGUGAUGUCAAAAGAAAGAAAAAGAAAAGACUUCAGAAGUUUGCAGAAUCAAGACCAGUAUUUUAAUUUGAAAUUUCCAUAUAUAUAUCAUGUAUCACCCGACAUCUGAAUGGUUUUACAUUCACAAUAUAAACCAUAUGCACAGGUAAAUUAUAUAUACAGUAAAACAAGUGUCGUUUUGCUUUUUAUCAGCGUAAUUCAUUGUAUCAAGUUAAAGACAUGCUUUGAAAAUCACAUCGCUAUCAGCGCCAUUUCGAUAUAGGCGUGUUCGAUAUAAGCGUGUUUUACUGUAUAUAUAUCAUCAUCAUCAUAU